AUGACCAAGCGUCGCGUUGAAGAACUCAAAGAGAAAUCUGAUGAGGAGAAGUCCUACGAAUACUCUAUGCCUGUCUUCACACCCGUCGUUCCCCCCAAGAUCAAGUCGAUCUCCAAGGAAGCGCUAGUGAAGUGGCAGAAGCUCCGUAAGGAGUAUGAGGCCAAGAUGCGUUCUCGAUGCAGAAGUUCUGGUGAAGACUACAGCAUCAUCACACAAACGGUCAAGGAGUCGUUUGACCAUGAUUUGUUGGAGGUGUUCUGUACAAUGCGGCUGGACAAAGAAGUAGCUGACUGUACGGAGGGCAUGCUGAUUGAAGAACUUCAGCGCCUUUUAACUAGCGUUAAGAACGACUAUCUUCCGGACAUCAAGGCUCUGUUCAAGCGCGAGCUGCGCAUGGACUUAAGGAGAGUGACGGAGAUUGUGCGCCAGCACGGCCUUGCGGAGUGCUUGGAAGGCCGAGAAGGAGAAGAGCAGAAGUGCAAGCGUGUCAUUGCUUCGCUUGCGCCACCUACUCUCAAGGCUGAUGUCAAGACGAUUGUGCAGUGGAAGGACAAGGAUGCUGGGAAGAACCUGGUAAAGUUGUACAAAUUGGUGUAUGAGCGUGCGAAGGAGCACGAGCGCCAUUUUCAACAGCAGAAACGUCUGAAGACCGGUCGAGCAGAUAAGGACAUCGACAGGUCCAAGCUUACAGUGCUAGAAGCCAGAUCCGAAGGGCAGAAGCCUUUCCAGUCCAAGUCUGCGAGCAAGCAGAAAGAAAAGAAGACUGCUGUGUCAACCGAGCAGAAAAAGGUCGGCAAGGAGGUGGAUAAGAAAGGAAAGAAAGCAUCCACUCGAGAGCCGCCGUCACCGUGCCCGAAGUGCCAGCAGAUGCAUUGGCUAAGCGACUGUCCGGACGCCACCGAGGCGGAGAAGGUAGUACUGCGCCAGAAGCUGCGCGAGGCCAGCAAGGCUCGCAAAGCUGGUUUGAAACGCCUUGGCGAAUUGUUGCCCAACAUGAAGCGAACGGCCACGCUGAAUGGAGUCCUCACGCUCCCGUACUGUCCGGACACUGGAUCUGAACAUACGGUGCUUACUCAUGCGAUGUUUGAGGAGCUGGUGGUGGCUGACGGUAGCGUUGUGGAAGAACCACUUGAUAUCCCAGUGCAUUGCAUCGCGUAUGGUUCGCACGUCGUGGUGGCAAACACAAAGGCGAUGGUGCGUCUUAUGAUACAUACAGCAGCAGGGGCUGUGGAAAUUGCAGAGCCCGUACCGAGUUUAAUUGUGGACACCCAAGAUGAGGAGCUAAUAUUGGAGCAGCUGGCCAACCGCCAACAAGACGAUGCCACAGGUGACCCGUUAGAGCUGGAAGUGGAUGACCCUCCUGUGAGUCGAGCAGAAGCCGCGACUGAGGCAGUGGAGGUACUGAUAAAGCGAGCGCUAGAGAACGGUUUCCCGGUGGAGAAAGUGGAGAAGCUGCGUGUCAUUGUACACAUGUAUGAUGUGUGGCGCUUGGAGCUGCGUGACGACCCACCUGCCCGUGUCCCUCCGCUUGAGCUGCGUUUGAAGGAGGGGGCCCAACCGACUAAGUGUAAGCCGCGCAAAUACCCUCCUCAUAUUCGGAACUUUUUACAAGAAUUUAAUGACAAGCUUGUUGCGCUAGGACUCGUCUAG